UGCAGAAUAACAGUUUUAAUAAAGGAGUCUAUUACUGCAGGUGCUGCUGCUGCUACUGCAGGCUGUCUAGGCUGGGAGGACUGCGGGACAGGAGGAGAGGGAGAGCUAGAGCGUGCUAUUGGCAAUGUCCUUUAGCCUCUCACAAAUAACAGCCAUUAGUGGGAAGGUCAGAAGCAGAGUAUACAGCUUUGACUGGAGAACUGAGUGCCACUUCAGAAAUCAAGAGGCUAGCUGAUUUUUAAAGGGAGAUAGAACGAGGGAGUGGAGAUUUAAGAGUGCAGCUACUGUGUGGCAUUAUUGAUCACACAACGAAAAAUCCACCUAUGGGAUCUUUUCUUGGAGCAAAGGUGGACAUUUGUGCAAUAAUCCUGGGAUAUUUAUUUUAGUUUUGAUGUGUGCUUUGUAUUUUUUUUCUAAAUCAGCAUUUUCUGCUUUGGUUCUUUUUAGUCUAAUGACAGUGAAUUGAAUGUAGUCAAGAGUGCAUGCAAAGGGAAAGUUUGUAGGAAAGCUUUUAGGGAGAAAAGGGGGUGGCGGAUGUACACUUGUGUCACUAUUGUGUACAUUUGUUCAUUUUUUCUUAUUGACACACUAAUGACACAGAGCUGUCACUCGAGGACAUUCUAUUGUGCCAAAAGGUGAGGUUCCAUUAUCAUUUUCAAGCUUUCAAAGAAGCAAAGGAUUGUCAGAAAAUGCUACAGAUUUUUUUCCCCUCCUGAUCUCUAAAUUCCUAAAUUGUUCAGCUCCGUGUUGCUGAAUGUAAUUUCCUCACACCCCACCACCCCCAGCCUGUGUGGAAUUGCCACAGGAUGUCAUUCUCUGCUUGCCAGUAAAGCUAGAGCUUUGAGUUCUUCGCGCUGUUAUCCAAUGACAUCCAGUCACUGUGAGGGUGAGCUGAUGGUCAGGUCUCAUCUGUGUUGCCUGCACACCUGACUGGCAGCUGUUAAGCUGUACAGGGCGUGCUUUGGGAGUCACAGUCUAUGCAUAAAUGAUCGGGGUAUCUGUUCAGGAGGUGCGAAAGGAGCACUGACCCCCCCCCAAGGAAAGCAGAGUUGCAGGCAGAUCUUAACUACACAUCUUGGUACUGACAGCCAAGAGGCUUGAAAACCCACCAAUACCUUGCAGUCAGGAGCAGCAGAAGAGAAUGUGAGAGAGAGAGUGGGGAAAAGGCAGUGAGAAAGAGAGUGUAUGUAUGUGUGUGUGAGUCAGAGCAAGCGACUUCACUUUAAGAGACUUAAGUCCCAACUACUCCAUGCAGUUCAGCACAAGAGCAGCAUCCACAGAGCCUGGUUUCAUGGGGACAUGGCAGAACUCCGAGACUAACCUGCUCUUCAGAAUGGCCCAACAGCUCACAUUCCAAGUCAGAACUGUAGAUCAACUUCAAAGGCAGUCAAGGUACAGCCACGCUCUUUCAAACUGCACACAGUCUGGAUUGAUUGAGAACUGGAAGGUACACCACAUGGGAGCCAUUCGCUGUACACUGGUAAACUGUACGUGUGAAUGCUUUCAGCCAGGAAAGAUCAGCCUACGGACCUGUGACCAGUGCAAACAUGGCUGGGUGGCACAUGCAUUGGACAAGCUCAGCACCCAACACCUCUACCAUCCAACUCAGGUGGAGAUUGUUCAGUCCAAUGUGGUGUUUGACAUCAGCAGCCUGAUGUUGUAUGGAACACAGGCUGUUCCAGUGCGCCUCAAAAUUCUUCUUGACCGUCUCUUCAGUGUGUUGAAACAGGAGGAGGUGCUUCAGAUCCUUCAUGGCCUGGGCUGGACUCUCCGAGACUAUGUCCGUGGAUACAUCCUUCAGGAUGCUGCAGGCAAGGUGCUGGAUCGCUGGGCUAUCAUGUCCCGGGAAGAAGAGAUCAUUACCCUCCAGCAGUUUCUGAGAUUCGGAGAAACUAAAUCCAUUGUGGAGCUGAUGGCCAUCCAAGAAAAAGAAGGGCAAGCUGUGGCUGUGCCGACUUCAAAAGCAGAUUCUGAUAUCAGAACUUUUAUAGAAAGCAACAAUCGGACGAGGAGCCCUAGCCUCCUGGCUCAUCUGGAAAACAGCAACCCUUCCAGCAUCCACCACUUUGAAAAUAUCCCCAAUAGCCUGGCAUUCCUACUUCCAUUCCAAUACAUAAAUCCCGUCUCUGCUCCUUUACUCGGCCUACCCCCCAAUGGUGUCAUGCUUGAACAGAGCCUGAGAUUGAGGGAACCCAACCUUCCUAUCCAGAAUGAGCAUGUGGAGAGCAGUGAGUCAGAAGUUUCCGUUUCGCCUUUUCGAAAUGACCAAACUAGCAGCAGGAACGCCCUCAGUAGCAUUAUCAACAUUGAGCCCAAGACAGAGCAGAGCAGGUUGUCUCCAAUCCAUACACCAACAGCUCCCACAAAUGACCUGGUCAAGACUGACAGCUCUAAAAGUACUGUUCUGAACUCAAAAAUUCAGAGAAUGAAGAGAAUUGGACUGACCCCAAGAAAGGGCAGAGUGGUCUGUAAUGCCUGUGGUAAGACUUUUUAUGACAAAGGUACCCUCAAGAUCCACUAUAAUGCUGUGCACCUGAAGAUUAAGCAUAGGUGCACAAUUGAAGGCUGCAACAUGGUUUUCAGUUCCCUGAGGAGCCGCAAUCGUCACAGUGCCAAUCCCAAUCCACGUCUGCACAUGCCAAUGCUGAGGAACAACAGAGACAAGGACCUCAUCCGAGCCACAUCUGGAGCUGCCACUCCGGUCAUAUCCAGCAUCAAAUCAAACUUAAGUCUCACAUCGCCUGGGCGACCAUCCAUGGGCUUUAAUUCCUCUUCAGUCGAUCCUGUUCUUCAGAACCCCCUGGUUUUCCCUCCUCUUAAGACAGUGGAACCUGUCCCUCCAUUUUACAGGAACUUGUUGACAUCGGGAGAAAUGGUGAGCCCUCCAACAUCGCUCCCGUCCAGUCCCAUAGUGCCCACCCUCGAACAGCCUUGCCCCCCCGAGAUAAAUCCACCCAUGGCUCAGGAAUUGGCAGCUGACCUUGCCCCCAAGAAAAAGUCUCGCAAAUCAAGCAUGCCCGUCAAGAUUGAAAAGGAGGUGAUUGACACGGCUGAUGAGUUUGAUGAAGAUGACCAGGUGAACGAAAAUCAUGUCAACGAUUGCAUCCAGGACGAGGAAAUGACUAAUGCAAAUUGUCAUAAAGAAAUGAGUCCGAACAUUCAUAUGCAUAGCAGCAGGAAAGCGGAUGAGGAGAGAAGCCUUGGUGGGUUUGAAGAUAAGCAAAUGGGAAGCAUCACUUCAGAGGAGCAGGAGCAUGACCGUGACUUUGAGGAUGAAUCUGAAGGCUCCGAGUCUAAAAUGUGCGACAAUCCCACAGAAAAUGAUGAGCAGGCACACCGAGAAAUAUUUGAUAAGGAGGAAAUGUCAAGCAGCAAGCCUGAAGACAAAGACUGUGUUUCCCCUCAACCACAGACUAUUAAAAUAAAAGAAGAGUUCACUGACCCAACCUAUGACAUGUUUUACAGUAUCAGCCCGUACGGCUUAUACAAUGGAGGAGGAGGAAGCAUUGCUGCCCUGCAAGAAGGCUUCUCUCCUUCAAUGGGAUACAGCAGUCCCCAGAAAUACUCACCAGAAAGUGAACUCUGCUCCAGCCCUGAUCCUAAGAUCUGUUAUGUCUGCAAGAAGAGCUUUAAAAGUUCAUACAGCGUGAAGUUACACUACAAGAAUGUUCACCUGAAGGAGAUGCACGUUUGCACAGUAGAAGGUUGCAAUGCAGCAUUCCCAUCCCGCAGGAGUAGAGACAGGCAUCUCAUACACAGAAUACCACACAGACACAGCGCCAACAUAAACCUUCACCGUAAGCUUCUGACCAAAGAACUGGAUGAAAUGGGCUUGGAUCCAGCUCCACCUCUUGCCAAGGAUCUCCGUGAAGAAUUCUUGGCCAAGAUCUAUGGAGGGCACCAUGGAAUUGGGCUAGAUAUGCGGGAAGAAGCCAGUUCACCAGGAACGGAAGAUUCUCACACCAAUGGCUAUGCAAGGGUCACAGCAGAUGAUUACAUGGUGUUGGAUCUCAGCACCACUUCUAGUGUUCAAUCCAGCAGCAGCAUUCACUCCUCACGGGAAUCAGAGGCAGAAAGUGAUGAGGGGAUUCUGCUGGAUGAAAUAGAUGGGGCCAGCGACAGUGGUGAAUCCACUCACAGAGCAGAGGCCCAUUCCCAAGCUGCUGGUUCAAGUCAUGAAGUCCUAGAAGCCUCCCUACUGCAGGCGGCAUCAACUAGCAAUGGUGGAAUCAUGUGUAUUAUCUGCCACAAAAUGUACAGCAACAAGGGAACUUUGAGGGUUCACUAUAAGACAGUCCAUCUCCGUGAAAUGCAUAAGUGCAAGGUCCCUGGUUGCAACAUGAUGUUCUCCUCUCUGCGGAGCCGGAAUCGACAUAGCCAGAACCCUAACCUACACAAAAAUGUUCCUUUCACCUCCAUAGAUUAAUGCAGGUCUCUACUCCAGGUGGCCCUGAUCUGUGGAAACUGCCAAGCCUUUUUGACAUCAGGUGCUUACUCUGCAGUUUUGCUCUCUAACCUGGGGUUCGGACCCAAGGAGCAAUUGUUUCAGCUCUGUAGAUUGAAACCCCAGCUCUUAUUGAAAUGCUCAUGCUUAAUUCAUCUCCAAAGAGACAAUUUGAACUAACUGUGACUGUUGCCUGCAAAAUAAAAGUACCUUCUUAUUGUCAUUGUGUACUAACUACUUGUCAGCUUUUGAAAGAAACUUUGAUUGAGCAUGGCGGCUUAUUUUGUAAAUAUUGUGCCCUUAAAAGGCCAAUGAUGUAAAUCUAUUAUACUGUCAUCCUGAUAAGCCAAGGCCCUCUUUUUUUAUAAUCUUUGUGCUUUGUGAAAUUUCCAAAAUCAGCAACAUAGAACUUGUAAAGUAAAAAUUCCCACUUGUUUUAAUUUGUCACACAGCAUCAGGGUAUGUCUCCUGAGCAGAGUUUGGGCAUAUGAUGCCAUUUUGUAACUUUACUCUUUACAUCCAUAAAGUUAUAUAACCGUAAAAUUAGAGCCAGACUGUUUGGGGGGUGAUGUCAGGAAACACUUCACACAGAGAGCAGUAGAAACAUGGAACUCUUUCUCCGAAGAAGCUGUUGCAGUUUAGUAAUGGUGGAAUGACUGGGGAUGUUCAAUUGGAAAUAUUGGAAUAAAGAUUGGUAGUUUAUCAUUAGGCAAGGGUCUGAGCAUUACAGAAACAAGGCAGUAGAUGGAGUUGAGGUACAGAUAAACAGUAGUAUAGCACACUGAAUAGACACAAGGGACUGAAUGGCCUCCUCUUGUUGCUUUGUUCCAUGUGAGUUAAAAUCAGUCGAUUUUUCAGCUGUCAUUGUGUCCCUAUUUAUAACGUCGAACAGCUGGUCUGGCCUUUAUUAUGUUCAAAAAUACUGCACUGUCUUUUGUGAACUUCUUCAUGGGUCUCUCCUUAAAGACAGGAACAUUUUAUUAAAAAUCCUCUGAGUUGAGAAUACAUUAGUACCUAUCUCUAACCUGUUACACCCUGGAACCUCCUCAGCCCUCUAAUCUUGCUAAUAAUAAUCACAUCUAUGUAAGUCAAAUUUCAUAUUGGUGUCCCUGCCUUCAAUUAUCUAGGCCCUUAGCUCUGGAAUUCCCUCUCUGAUUCUCUUGCUCCCUCUCUAAGAUGCUCCUUAAAAUCAAUUUCAUUCAUCGAGCUUUUGAUCAACCCCACUAAUAACUCCUUAUGUGGCUAUGUAUUGAAUUUCUGUCUGAUAAAACCCCUGUGAAGUGCUUUAGGAUUGUUCGUCAUGCUGAAGGUGCUUAAUAAACACAGGUUGUUGCUGCAUUUCAAAUCUGCCCAUUAGGAAACGUUUGUAGGAUAUGAGAUGUUAGCAUAUGCCAUCAUUCUCAGGUAUUCUAUAAAUCAGAGAUUCUGAUGGUAGUGCUAAUCUAUAUCAAUUUGGCUAUUUGAAAAUGAAUAGGUCUUUGCAUACCUCCUGAUCCUUCCUGCCUCUUUUUGAUCACAAUAUUUUUUCAGGUGUGUUGGGCUUUUGUUUUCUCUGCACAAAGGCAGAGGAUACAAAGGAUACAAAGACAGUGAGAUCAGCAGUCUCAAUGACACUUGGUCCUUUUAGAACGCAUUGCUCAAUAAAAGAGCACCAAGUUGCUGAGGAAGAUUUAUGGAACUCACAAAUUAGAUCUGUUACACUCUUCUGGUACGUCACCAACCGUUCAUGCAAUUUGUAAGAUGUGAACAGUAAAGUUAGAGUCACUAGCUCGUUGUGAUCAGACAAAGCUCUGUGCCCAUUAAUUUACAGGGAUGUGCAUCUAACAAUAGUAAACUGUCAAUAUCAAGGAAUCUGGAACAGUGGUUGCUAUACCCCUGCUGCAUGACACCUUUUUGGAAAUGUUUCUUUUCAAAAUAUAUAUUAGAAAAAACAAAUCAUUAAACUUUUCAGAAAAUCUCCCAACAGUGGACCCGAGACAGAAAUAUAGAAAUGUUAUGGCUUUACUACAAACACUUGACAGUUGGGAAAUUCAAAACAAUGCCUUCAUGUUAAAAAGUAAAUCGCAAAAGAAACAUUACAGUUGAUAUUAAUUGGAUUUAGUUCUACAUGAAUAUCUGAGUGUCAAAUUGGAGUAGUUACCAGAGUCCAGGUUCCCAUUCCAAAAGGAUUCCCAGAAUUAACUCAUUAGAACAGGGGAUUCGAUUUUAAGAUCAAGAAACAUCAAAAUAGUUUCCUCCUUAUUAAUACCUUCCAACAUUACCUCUGCGGUCUCUUGCCCUUCCUCCCUGACCUCUUACCCCAUCUCUUUGGCUACUGACCCUACUUCCUUGACCUCUGAAUCUACUUGCCCGACUUGUCCUACCUCCUGGCCUUUUGCCCUCAAUCUUUCAUAUCUUACCAAAUCCCUUGGUUUCUCAAGAGACCUCUUGUAUCUCUUACUUCAGUAGUCUUCUCUGGUGACUUUGUUUUCAAUGCACUUAGAAAUGUAAGUCUUCAACCUGAUUCACAGCAAUGACUCAUUUUAACUUGUGCCCCUCAUAUUUAAUUAUUGCAGAUAAUUCUAUCUUUGCAGAAUAUAUCUUCCAAAGGAAGUUUGGUUGUUAAAUGUAGAAUUGAAGGUGUUCAUUUGGCCGAAACCGUUUUAUUCCAUUCCAAGGAAUAUAGACCCAAAGGUCAAGCACAUCGAAAGUCAUUGAUGGUUGAGGAACCUAUUAUUACAGGGACCUCUGCACUAACAGCUAGCUUAAGAAGAAUGCUUUCUUAAAUAAAUUGAAAUAAGGCCUUUGGCUCAUCAGUAUUACACUCUUAUUGAUGGUUGGUUGUUUGAUUCUUUUUUGUCCUGUCAGAGUGUAAAAUCUUGGGGAAAGGAUUCCUGUUACUGAAGGUACGGAUGGGUGUGGAAAGCAGACUGUUCUUGAGCAGUUUGACCCUUCUCGCUUUUCUUUGUUAUUUUCGCUGUAAAACAAAAUAUGAUGAAA